AUGGAUUACCAAAAUCGUGCGGGUGCUAACAAGAGCGGCGCCGGCGUGGCGGGCGCAUCUGAGUCGGCGGUGGACCGUCGCGAGCGCCUCCGCAAGCUCGCCAUGGAGACGAUCGACCUGGCCAAGGACCCAUAUAUUCUCAGGACACAUCUCGGCACGCUCGAGUGUCGCCUCUGCCUGACGCUGCACGUAAAUGAGGGCUCGUACCUUGCGCACACACAGGGCAAGAAGCACCAGACGAACCUUGCCCGUCGUGCCGCGCGUGAUCAGCACGAGCAGCUCAUGCUCACAGCCGCGCCAACAACCACGCAGACCGUGAAGAAGAAGGUGUUUGUUAAGAUUGGCCGUCCUGGCUACAAGAUCGUCAAGAUCCGUGACCCAUUAACGCAGCGCCUUGGGUUGUUGUUCACGAUCGCAUACCCCGAAAUCAAGGCGGACGAGCGGCCGCGGCGGCGCUUCAUGAGCGCGUUCGAGCAGAAGCGUGAGGUUCCGAACCGCGCCUUCCAGUACCUCGUUAUCGCCGCUGAGCCGUACGAGACCAUCGCGUUCGCCAUUCCCGCGAAGGAUAUGGUCGAGGAGGAAGAGGACCCCGACUCGGUGUGGGAGCACUGGGACAACGACGAUAAGGUGUACUCGUGUCAGCUGUUGUUCAAGUAGAGCGGCCAGAGGGGAGCGGCCAGAGGGGAGGACGUGGGCGCCUGAGGCGAGGAUUAGCAAUUGCUGAGGCAUUAGCCUCACGCCACCAGGCUUCGCUAAGGGGAGCCAGCCGUUGUGGCGCGGGUAAGAGUGGCGCUCUGCAAGUCGACGGCGACGAGACUAUCAUUGAACGGUGUUACACGCAUGCAUUGUAUCAUUAUGG